AUGAAGACCUGUUUUUGGAGACUGCCUCCCUGGAGUCCAGGCGUCCUGCUGUUGACUAUGUUGGCUCUGUUCUUCAUCCUGCCCUCCUUCAUGAAGGAGCCUCGCACAAAGCCUUCCAGGUAUCAGUUUAUAGAGAAGAAUAAAGAAAAUCCUCAGGAGAUGCUACAGAAGGCCAUACCCCACAGACCCAUCAUGGAGCUGCCACUGAGAGUUCGAGACAAGGAGACGACCUCUGUCAGGACAGAGGAGCUGGGCCUGCAGAAUCAGGACAGUGAGGCAGCCAGAGGAGACGGGGAAGAGAAGAGGAAGGAGAUGACCACAUGGACAGCAUUGGGGAAACAUCAGAGCAUGACAGAGCCUGCAGCAAAGACACUUGUUCCAGAAAGUCGGGGUAAAAUAUUGACAGCCACAGGAGCACUGUUUACAAGGCUGAAAAAGAAACUGACGGCCACAGGAGCCGUUCCAGCCAAGGACAAGGAGGCCCAGGCCAACCCAUCCCCUGCCUCUUUCCCCCACCCCACCACACAAAGAGGCCAAAGGCUGAAGGCCUCCAACUUCAAGUCUGAGCCUCAGUGGGAUUUUGAGGAAGAAUACAGCUUGGAUGUGGGGGGCCUGCAGACGACCUGCCCCGACUCUUUGAAGAUCAGGGCCUCCAAGUCACCGUGGCUACAGAAUAUCUUUCUGCCCAACCUCACUCUCUUCCUGGACUCUGGACACUUCACUCAGAGCGAGUGGGACCGUCUAGAACACUUUGCACCGCCCUUUGGCUUCAUGGAGCUCAAUCAGUCCUUGGUAGAGAAGGUGGUGACCCGCUUCCCUCCGGUACCCCAGCAGCAGCUGCUCCUGGCCAACCUCCCCUCGGGGAACUCCAGCUGCAUCACCUGUGCUGUGGUGGGCAACGGGGGCAUCCUGAAUGAUUCACACGUGGGCCAGGAGAUAGACAGCCAUGACUACGUUUUCCGGCUGAGUGGAGCUGUUAUUAAAGGAUAUGAACAGGAUGUGGGGACCCGGACAUCCUUCUACGGCUUCACUGCCUUCUCCCUGGUCCAGUCAAUCCUCACACUGGGUCGUCGAGGUUUCCAGCAUGUGCCUCUGGGGAAGGAUGUACGGUAUCUACACUUCCUGGAAGGCACCCGGGACUAUGAGUGGCUAGAAGCGAUGUUUUUGAAUCAGACCCUGGCAAAAACCAAACUUUCCUGGUUCAGGCACAGGCCCCAGGACGCUUUCCGGGAUGCCUUGGACAUGGACAGAUACUUGUUGCUACAUCCAGACUUUAUCCGUUACAUGAAGAACAGGUUUCUGAGGUCAAAGACCCUGGACACUGCCCACUGGAGAAUAUACCGUCCCACCACUGGAGCCCUCCUGCUCCUUACAGCCCUUCAUCUCUGUGACAAGGUGAGUGCCUAUGGCUUCAUCACCCAGGGCCACGAGCGUUUUUCUGAUCAUUACUAUGAUAAAUUGUGGAAACGGCUGAUCUUUUACAUAAACCAUGACUUCAAGUUAGAGAAAGCAGUCUGGAAGCGGUUGCAUGAUGAAGGCAUCAUCCGCCUCUACCAGCGUCCAGAAAAUCCAAAAGAAAAGAACUGACCAGCUAGGCUUCAGGAGUCUUCUGGAUCACCAGCGGCACAGGGUGUAAGGAUUCCACAGAUGUCCCCACGCAUCUCCCAGGACUCAAACCUGCUCCAAGCCCUUCGAGAGUCCCAAGGAACAGCUGUGCAGAGACCAAGGGUUUGGAGUCCUCUGGAAAGUCACUGCAGGCUCUGGUAGUUUCUUGCUCAAACCUCACACUUAGAAUUUGAGCCAAACCCCGAACAAUUCAUUUGACGUUAUGUUACUUUUCAAACUCUGUCUUCAGGAUUUUGGACUCUGGAACCUAAAACGA